UGGAUACAUUUCAGCCUCGUUACAUUGUAUCCAGGUUCCCUGAGGGACUCCCGGGGAGGGGGAGCGGGGGGAAAAGGGGGGGACGAGAUGGCUCGCAAGGCGGCUGCGAGUGCCCCCAGCCCCGGGCUCGACCGCCGCCGGAUCGGGGAGAGGCUGGACGCCAGCCUGGCCGGCUUGCAGGAGCUGAGGCUGCUCCGGGAGAGGCACCGGGAGACCGUCCGGAGGCUGCUGGAAGGACGGGAGGAGGAGGAGGAGGAGGAGGGGGAGAUGGAGGAGGAGGAGGAGGAGGAGGAGGAGGAGACCAGCGGGGAACCCGGCAGCAAACCCCCCGAGGGGCUGCAGCAUCCGGCGGGAGCAACAGGUCCCCCAGAGCAGCUCUCUCUCUCUCCCUCGCACGGCUGGCGGGCAGGUUUUUACGAUGUCAGUGACAGCACGUCGUGCUCCCUCUCCAACUCCUGUACAUCGGUGUACAGCGAGUGUCCAUCCAGCUCACGGUGGAGUAUGCAGUCCCUCACGCAGCUUCCCCGGCCGAUCAGCCACAGGAACAGGCCACGCUCGACGGACGAUGCGGCCGUCUGUUUUGGGGAGCUCCGAUCGCAGAGGAUGCUGCUGUCUGGCCGUGAGGUACACCCUGGAGAGGCUGGUGGGGCUCUCAGGAGGUGCAGAGUCUCCCAGAGGCCUGUCUCCACAGGAGACCUGAUCACUCUUCGCCGUUUCCUGAGCGCUGAUGCGGGUGGAGGGCCCUCACCCUCCAGCCCUGGCUCCUGGUUACCCCCAGGUCCUCCGGACCGUAAGUACCGGUGUGACCUGGUCUCUCGGCACGGUGCGGAGGUCUACCACUACCCGAGCCCCCUGCACGCCGUGGCUCUGCAGAGCCCCCUGUUCACUGCCUGCUCAGCCCGGGCCUACCCCCUGGGCCUGCCCCCUCCCAGGGAAGCAGGGGCCGCGGGCGAAGGGAUCCCCGAGGCUCAGGAGCCGCCAGAGGCCUACCGGGGCCGGCUGGACAAGUACAUCUCGGGCCUGGUGCUGCGGUCGCGGUGUAGGCCUCUCCCAGGCCGCUCCGAGUUGGCCUGUCGGGCCAAGAGCCUCUCCCUGUCGUCCGUCUACAGCCAGAGCUCCUCGGCGUCGGGUGGAGCUCUGGCCAGUCUCCCCGCCGCCGGCUGGAAGCUCCGCCGGAGGAUCUCCACCUGCUGCCCCAGCUCGGACAAGGCCCCGCGCUCACCAGGAGAGGCCCAGGCUUGCGGGGCCUACUCGGAGAUUGGCCAGCACCCGCCGGGCCCCUCUGAAGCCCCUCUCUACCGGGGGCGGCACCUGCACCGGGAGUUGGUCAAAUGCCCGUCGGCGCAGGCCGACUCCUGGGAGCCAAGGCCCGGCAGGGAUUCGACUGCCCGCUCCCUCUCGGAGGCCCACCUGGACUCAGCCCCGGUGGACGCCGGGGCGUCCCCUGGCUGCUCUGGCGCCACCCGUGGCCGCCAGAGGAAGUGGGCCUCAGUGCUGGAGAUCGCCGGCCGCUGCGGGCACAGGAGGCCCGGCCUCCUCAGCCAGGCCCAGGCUUUCCUCAGCCGCCGGCAGCGGCCCUGCCCCAGCGGGCCUCCUGCCUCCCCGCGGCUGGGUCGGGCCCAGGAAGCCGGCGCCGACACCUUACCCAGACUGGGAGGGGCCCCCUUGGAGGGUCGCUUCCACCGGUCCAAAUCCUUCAAGGAGCUCAGGAAGAAGGUCCAGCUCUCCAUCCGGCCUUGGUCCCUCAAGGUGAACAACUCCUCCAAGUGACCUCUGGUUGGUGGUGGGGGGGGGGGAUGGAGAGAGCAGGGGGUGAGAUCUGACCAUCUCUCCCUUGGGGGUGGGCCAGAGGGGUGACAUUUGCCCCCUGAGUUGGCGGGGACAGGGCUGAGUUAUUGGGGGUAAGCCCUGCUCCCCCCACCCCCUGAUGUGGGGGCGGCGGGGGGGGGUGAAGGGAACAGGGGAAAAAAAAAAUCUGCCCCCUCCAGUGGUCAGGAGUGGGCGAGAGGAAGGAAAUCCAUCCCUUCAGCUGUUUGGGGAGGUGAGGGUGUGUGCGGUUUACCCUGGGAUGAUAAAGGGUCAUGGCGGGGGGGGGGGUGAACCCCCAGAACACCGACCGUGGUGGGAGAGCGAGGCAAAUGCGGGAACAGUAGCAGCAGCAGCAGCAGGCCGUUCGGCCCUUCCAGCCCCUCCUGCUAUGCAAGGGGGCGGUGGCUGAUGCUUGAUCUCAACGCCAUGUUCUCGCUUUCCCGCCACACCUCUUUAAAAAUCUUUUCAAAACAAGAUUUCUUUCUUUGAAUGUACUCAGGGACCCAGCCUCCCAGGGGUUUGCCACCCUCUGAGUGAAGGAACGCUCCUCUGCUCAAUCCUAACUGGCCUUAUCCUGAGACCAUGUGCCCUAGACCUCCCGACCCAAUGAGGAGGAAGCCUCCUCCCUGCAUCGUCUUUUCCUAGCCCUGUUAGAAUUUUGUGUAUUUCAAUCAGGUUUCCCCACCCCCGCCACACCCUUGAAUCUUCUAAACUCCAAACGGGAGGGAAAUCAGGUCCUCUGACCAGCUAUUCGCCAACGGGUGGCUUCGUGGCCCAGCAUCUUCGAACGCGGAGGGUAGAAUUUAGACACCCCGCUCUCUUUGAGAUUCCCAGCUCCCCUUCACUCCCCCUCUUCCCCUACCGCCUACACCCCAGGUCUUGGGGGGGUUGCAGGACGGGUGAGGGGAAAACGGAGGGAGAGGCCAGCACCGUUCUGGCAGGGCAAAGACGGGCCGAAGGGGUGUGUUUUCCUGGGCAGUGGAACAACGUGAAAUGGUGUGCCUUAAAACAAAGUUUUUUUUAAAAAAAAAAUAUCUCGAAUGGUUUCUUUAUGGGAAGAAGUUUGUAAACGGACUUUUCCCGCCGGGAUGUAAUGUUUUCCGAUCCUGAAUGAAUGUGGAGUCCCAUUAAAGCUGUGUGAUUGCAGUC